CUCAGGAUCUGAUGAUGUGACUGUCCACAUCAGGAAGAGCUAGUUUUGAUCUUCCAAGUGAUACUGCAAACGGAGGGCUUACACAACAGAACCAGGAGGCCUUUGGGAUGGUUGAGAUGUUUUGGGAUGAGCUUCCGGUCGGAGACUUUUUCCUGCUGCUGCUGCUAUCUUGGCUCACAAAUCUCCUUCACAAGAGGAAGUCAGUGGAAACGUUGGUUUUGUGAUCUCUUCCCUCCCGCCCCACGCACCCGCUGUUUUCGACAUAGCGUGGCAGGGGAGGACUGGAGGCAGGUACAGACCAGACACACAGGCCGGGACAGGUUCAUGCAGCUCCUGACACGACCAGCAAGGAGGAGCCAGGCCGUGCUUCAGGAUGCAGGACUGGGAGACGAGCAAAGAGGGGCCCGGGACAGGAGAGAGAGCUAACAAGAUGUGAGCCAGCAGAAAGCAGAAACGGCUCUACGGGAAGCCACUCUGGGCCACAGGGAUGGAGUUGUUAGGCAGAGAGGAGGAAACCUACGUCCUGGUAGAGUAUGCCUUUGAGUACACCGCCAAGGAUGGGCGCUUUAUUUCGAUAAAGCCCAAUGAGAGAUAUGUGCUCCUGAGGCGAACAAAUGAUCACUGGUGGCAUGUUCGAAAGGGCAAAGGAGCCAGGCCAUUCUACAUCCCAGCUAAAUAUGUCAAAGAGCUGGCCCCCAUGGCCCAGACGAUGCCUCCUGCUGAGGAGCUGCCCCAGACAACUGGGCCAGAGAAUGCUGCCUUAGAAGCCUCUAUGGUGACAAGGCGGGAGCAGCCCCCUGAGUAUGAAUAUCGGUUUGUAAAUGCUGUUUCGGACUCUGAGGUACAAAAGACAGAUACAGAGAGGCCCGGCUCUUCCUCUCAGCACCAUUCCAUCUCCUUGGAGGCAGGAGAGGGGACCCCCCUGGACCUUGGUGGGAAGGUGCUGCCCCCCAUUUCUGCAGCAACAAGAACCACCCCUUUUGUCCUAAGUACAUCACAUGGAUCUCUUAAGCCUCACCACACGAUGGGACCCAACUGUUUCCCAGUGGGCUUUAUCCGUUCUGCUGAACACAUAAGACCUGCAGUGUCCCUGGAUGACUUGGCAAAGCUCACAUCUCACAACCAGGCAAGUGGUGGGAACUCAGGACUGUAUAAAGCUGCCUCAUGGGGUUAUCCUAACCAGCUCCUGAAGAGCAGCUCUGAAAACUUCCACAAGCCAAUGGAGGAUGGGAUGAAGUGGGGCGCUCAGGAACUCUAUGCCAGACAGCCAUGCGAAGAUGCAGCCACAGAUCCUGUGUAUGUGAAUCUACAAGAUCUCAAGUGGGAACUGAAUGCUGUUGCUGCCACUGGUGCUGAAUCCACGCUCCGGCCACACCUUGGCAGCCCCCAGGCCAACUGGGAGACUCACACAGACACAGAAAGUGGUAACUUGUUCUAUUACAACCCAGUGACUGGUCAGACGACAUGGGAGUCUCCCUUUGAUGGCUCCGUGAAUAAUGUGAGUCCUGCCUGCUCUCGCUCCCCGUCGCUUGCCCUCAGCCCUGCCACGCCUGCAGAGUGGGACCAAUACGUAGACGAGGCCAGCGGGCAGGUAUUCUUCUAUAACACGACAACAGGCGAGACGUCGUGGGAGGCACCCCAAGUGGAAGAAACACUUGACUACUCAGAGAUGCAGCCUGCACUUUCUCCCUACAGCCCUAUGGAUCGGAGGCCCCCAACUCCAGAAACGGAUUAUCCCCACCUUUCUCCUGAUGAACUUGACCGCUACCCUGAAGAAGAUUAUUCUCCAGUGGGCUCUUAUAAGCAGCUGACCUACCCCUGUGUUCCUUCAGCAUACCAAGGCUGGGGCUCCUAUGGCAACCAGGAAGGGCUGGUGUUUGAUGGUGACCAUUUUGCCUCUGACAUGGUUACCGUGUCUGGCCAUCACCACAGCACCAGCAGUGGGUCCAGUCUGGGCAGCAGUCCCUUUGGGAACUGGUCAACCAAUCUGUUGGCUUUCUCCAACUCAAAGGAGGAGCAGCUAAAAACCCUUGAAAAGGCUGGAAUGCUCCAUCGGACAAAAACUGUUGACAAAGGGAAACGGCUGAGGAAGAACUGGAGUUCUUCAUGGACAGUUCUGGAAGGUGGCACCUUGAUGUUUUUCAAGGACUCGAAGCAUUCAGCUUCUGGUGGUGUGAAACAUCCCUCUGUGUUGAGUAGCCCAGAACACACAAUUGAUCUUUGUGGAGCAACUCUCUCUUGGGCCACCAAGGAUAAAUCAAGCAAGAAAAAUGUCUUGGAGCUGAAGACACAUGAGGGCUCUGAGUACCUGAUCCAGCAUGAUUCGGAGAGCAUUAUCAGCACAUGGCAGAAGGCAAUUGCUGACAGCAUCAGCAAACUGCCCGCAGAAUUCCCUCUGGAAGACACCGGGGGAAAUUCAGCAGACACGAAAUCCAAGGAGCAGCUAGGAAGCAACAGAGAGAAAGAAGGGGAGAAGAAAAGUCCAGCCUCUUGGCACUCAUCAAGCUCUCUCAACUCGGAUAGUGAUACCAACAAAGUCCGCAACAAGCUCCGGAAGUUUCUGCAGAGGCGGCCAACUCUUCAGUCCUUACGGGAGCGAGGCUACAUCAAAGAUCAAGUAUUUGGAUGCGCUCUACAAGUUCUGUGUGACCGUGAGAAGAGCACAGUACCUCAGUUUGUUCAGCAAUGCAUCUGCACUGUGGAGAAGAGAGGCUUGGAUAUUGAUGGACUCUACCGGAUAAGUGGAAAUCUGGCUACAAUACAGAAAUUGCGCUACAAAGUCGAUCACGACGAGCGCUUGGACCUUGACGAUGGCCGCUGGGAUGACGUGCAUGUCAUCACGGGGGCGCUGAAGCUCUUCUUCCGCGAGUUGCCAGAACCUCUCUUCACCUUCAGCCAUUUUGACAAGUUCAUUGCUGCCAUAAAAAUUCCAGACCCUACAAAGCGAAUCCUCAGAUUACGGGAGCUGGUGCAUUCUCUACCUCCUGCUAACCACAAUACUGUGAGGGUCCUCUUCCAGCAUCUCUGCAGGAUCAUAGAAUGCCGGGAGGAGAACCGCAUGUCAGCGCAAAGCAUUGCAAUUGUGUUUGGGCCAACAUUGCUGAAGCCAGAGGCAGAAGAAGGGAAUAUGACUGUGCAUAUGGUUUUCCAGAACCAGAUUGUGGAGCAAAUCCUUAGUCAAUACUACUACAUAUUCCCGGAGAGCUAGACCCUCCCAGUGGGCUAGAAAAGCCUGCUUGGAUGAAGGAGCGGCUUCAACAUGGGACAGGUCCCAUCACUAUGGGGAAGGUGGCAUUGCUGGGCAGUGCCAAGACUAGAGGUGGGGAAGAGAGACAGAUGUCUACCAAUAAACAAUCAAUGCUGGAUUUUGAAUUCUCAUGGCUGUCUCUCUCCCCUUGCUUGGAGACAUGGAAUAUGAAACCUUACUGGACAGGCAAAGGGUGCCUGUCCUUUUCAAUACAGCAUUCUGGUUCAGCCAUCCAGCUCUCAGCUGGAGUAUCUGAUACUGUGGGCUUAUCGGACCUGUUAUUGACAAGGUUUUGGGAAGGGAGAGGCUGUUUUGACUGGGUCUACAUCUAAAAAAUAUACACAUUUUAAAAUGGCAUGGCUUCCUGCUAAGGAAUUCUGGAAACAUAUUGUUGUGAGCAUACUGCACUGGGAAAUUUCAGCUCUUGUGAAUGAAUUACACAUUGUUAAAGGUGCAUCCCAAUAGUUGGUUUGAAGAACAGGGCCAGAUAUUAGUCUCCCUGAUUCUGUUCCAUCUACACAUGCUUCCUGUUUGUGCCCAUCCGCAACAAAGAAAACAGCAGGAUGCCAAUAUAUUACCACAGUGGUGUUACCAUAUUACAAUGAAAGAGGAUUCAGAUUUUCAGUGUAAGUCAAAGAUGAGGGUAUUGGCAGGAACUCCUUAAAAGUAUAAUGCCUAUGUGUGACUGUUACUAACUUCAUUGUGUGCAUGAAUAGCUGAGGUAAGAGGUAACACAACACUCUGCUUGAAGUUGAUGGGCUUGUGUUCAGUUUGCUUAUACAACUUCUCCUCUUCCCAAUGGAACAAAUGAAGGAGGUGGAGGAAACUAUUUCACUCAACAGCUGAGGUCGGUUUAUUGAAGUUACUCUACUAUGUUUUAUUCAAUUUGUCUACAAAGGAAAUUGUAUACACACAUGAUUGCCUUAGAAAUGUCUCCCUGGGACCCUACCAUCAGCUGGGUCUUCUUACCAUAUGUCCAUAUAGUGGAAUAUGUUUGUGUGCGCACAUGCUUGUCACAUAUGAUGUGCAUGGAAGCCGGGGUGGAGCCACCAUUGCGUGGGGGGGUGGGUUCAAAGAACCUGGGCCACCAUACGUAGGGGCCGCACCUUGCACCCACACCAUGCUCCCUUCUGGGGGCAGAUGCAGGGAGUGUGGCCAUGCUAGCAAACGGGGCUGCGUGCCCUGUUUGGAAGGAAAUUCCGGCCAGCGCUGCCAGUGUUGCUCCAUUUUUAAGAGGUUUCAGGAAGUGCUGAGCCCCCAGCCGGGCCGGGAAUGCCUCUCCAUGCUUUUGCAAGCAGAGAGAAGCCAUCUCAGUUAUGCUGUGAAGGCAGCGCUGGCCAGAAUUUUCUUCCAAAUGGGGUGUGCAGCCCAGUUUGCUAAUGUGUCCAUGCUCCCUGCGUCUGAUAUCAGGCACAGGGGGCGUGGUAAGGAGAGCACCGGUAAGGGGAGCAGGCUGGACAGGGGCUGCCACCACCCUCUGUAUGCCACUGAUGGAAGUGAUAUCUUUUUGUAAGAAUUUUUCAUGUAUGUGACAGCGUGCAUUAUGCGCUAUGUACUUUCUGCAUAGGUACAACCUGAUUUUGUACCUAGCAGAAAAUGAAUAGUGCAAACUCCUAUUGGCUCAUUCAAGAGGGUUCAGUUCACAAGUAUAGUUUCAAUAUCCAAGCUAGAAUUUUAGCUAUUGCAUGCAUAACAAAUUGUAUUGGCUGCUGCUUUGAUCUGGAAGCUUCUUUUUUGCUAUUUGAGAGACUGGACAAACUGCCAUGAUUCAACCUUUUCCGCUGCCUCUUCCCAUGUUGCACUACUCAUCUGAGAUGACUGCUCAGUGCUUCACAUGAGCCAACCUUUGGGAACUGUGAAGUCUAAAGUGCUGAUCAGUCUGAUGAAACCCAGCACAGAUUUGGAAGUUACUCCUGGUGUGUUUAGACAUGUUGCUUUUUUCACAUGGCCCGUUACCUCAUGAGCAUGAUACAAAAAUAACUCCUGCCCCUCUGCAAAAGUAAUGUCUGAAUAGAUGAAGAAGCCCAGUGAGAGCCAAGUAUAUGAGCCAUUAGGUUUUUGAAGUUGCAUUCUCAUCGUACAUUAUGGUCUGCAUUCUGCACAGAAUUACUUCCUAAUAUUAUGAUGUGUCACAGUUUUGAGAGGGGCUGGGCUGAGACCAAUCUAUUUUCUACAGAAGUUUGGGAAUGGAGAUGCAUGGCAAAAUCCCAGUUUUGUCUUGAUUCUAAGUGCAGAUUUCAGGAAUUGGUGUAAGGGAACGCUUCCAAAACAGCACUUAUCACACUGUACAUAAAUUUGUACUCUUGUGCAGGCAAGCAGGGAUUUGGCACAGGCAUUAAUCUACAUUACUAAGGUGUGCAAAACGAAUGCUUCUGAUCCCUCACCACUAAAACCAAAGGCAGCUGAAUUUUGGACAUUCCUUUACAAAAAACACUUUUUCUACUUACCUCUGGAAGAACAGACUGUUGCAUCUAGGACUCUAGAGGGUAAUGAAAGUGAAACCCAACUCCACCCCUUGUUUGGUCAGGAAUCAGGGCAGGAUACUUUCCCUGUUUCUUUGUCCCCCAGGCUAGUGCAAUAUACGCUGUUGUCGUUGCACUGUGCUGAGUACCUGACAUUCAGGGUCCAUAGUAGACUACCACGGCUGUCCAAACAUCACUCAAAGAAGGCAAAAGGGACGAGUGCCUUACCACUCUCUGCCUCCCAUACUGAUCCAGCUCUGUUUGCCAUAUGAAUACAACCUUAAUGAAGAGCUGAAUUCUGCUCCUCCUUAGCCUCAUGAACACCAAAUUCAGAUGUAACAGGAAACUGGAAGUCCCUUCACCUCUGGUUUCCUUGGAUGCAUGUCUGAAUCCAGGAAACUGGAGUUGCAGGUGAGAAGGGACCCGUGGUUUCCCUCCCUGAACUCUACUCUGAACCUUCAGUUCAGGGUGGAGCUUGGGCCAGCGUUGCAUCUGAACACUGGCAAUGCAGUUUUGGCCCCAUGGAGCCAGAGUUGAGGAGGAAGCUCCUCCCUCACUCUGGCCCAAUUGACUGUGUGAACUGGCCUUCUAUCAAGAAUGAAGCCCGCACAGCCAGCUCCCCCACCUCUCUGCAGUCUUUCUGACUGCAGAGAGGCAGCUCUCCUGCACGUCCAAAAGCAGAUGGGGGCAGGGAUCCAUUGGACCCGCAGUUCCACAUUGUGUCUGAAGGGGGACGUGUUGUAAUGUUAUUGUACAGACAACUAUGCCUUGGAUGAACAUCUCCAUCUCCAAUGGAAAAAAAUAACAUGCUAUUUUGUCCCCAAAUAUUUCCUGUUUCUGUCAAGGACUUGGGGAAUGUCUAAAUACUGUAAGUUGCUGCAACAAAAAUAUAACUGGAUGCAAAAGUUUGCUAACUUAACAUCUGCAAAUCCCCAGUGUGGUCUGGAUUUUGUGGAAAUAAUAGAAUGAUGAUAAUUCCUGCUGCAUCUCACUUGUAUUAAAACAACUUGAAAAUUAGUGAUCAUUUUAGGAAGCUUCUUAACCAACUGUGGUUGGGCCUGAAGGAUAUUUUUGCUGGAAGACCAUUAAUGACAAUAUAUUUUUAAAUAAAUAAUACUUCAAAAUAAA